AAAAAUAAAAAAGAGAGAGAAACAACUCUGCAUUCUGCAUACAAAUCCGGACAAUGCUAGUCAUUAAUAUAAACAAAAUAUAAAAUAAAAUAAAAAGAAGAAACAAAACAGUGUGAGGCUUUGAGAGGUCUGGAAGAGUGGAGAGUUUGUUAGGUAAGAGUUGAAGCAGAGUCUUUGACUGCUGAGUUGUUGCUAAAUAUUGUGUUUAAGUUGAACUUGUGGGGUUGUUUUCUAGAAGAUAGGUUUCAGUUGGAUGUGUGUGAAUUGAGGUUGGAGAUAGGAGGGAAUUAAGAAGGCUAGAUAUAUAGAAUUUUAAGUUUCAGCAUGUCUGUGGCUUUGCUAUGGGUUGUAUCGCCCAACUCACAGUUGUCAAGAUAUGUUGGAUACGUUGAUUCAGUUCGCGAUGGAAACCGACUAAUAGAAUUAUCAAGAUUUCUGUACCGGGAUCGUAGUUCCAUGUUUAGCUGUAGACCGAAAAAAGGUAGGAAACAAAAAUGGAAUUCUUGCUCAUUGGAUACAGAUUUUAGGCAUCCUUGCUUAGGUGGAAUCAACUUGCCUGAAAUAAGUAUGGUGGCUAGCACAGCGGGAGAAAUGGCCCUGUCUUCAGAAGAAAAGGUUUACAAUGUGGUGUUGAAGCAGGCAGCCUUGGUUAAUAGGCAAUUAAUGUCAAGUGGGGAACUUGAUGUAAAACCUGAUAUUGUGUUGCCGGGAACUCUGAGCUUGUUGACUGAAGCUUAUGAUCGGUGUGGAGAAGUUUGUGCAGAGUAUGCCAAGACAUUUUACUUGGGAACUCUCCUAAUGACCCCUGAAAGAAGAAGGGCUAUAUGGGCUAUAUAUGUGUGGUGUAGGAGGACUGAUGAACUGGUUGAUGGGCCUAAUGCUUCACACAUUACUCCAACAGCUUUAGAUAGGUGGGAGUCCAGGUUAGAAGAUCUUUUCCAGGGUCGUCCAUUUGAUAUGCUUGAUGCUGCUUUAUCAGAUACAGUAGCCAAAUUUCCUGUUGACAUUCAGCCAUUCAGAGACAUGAUUGAAGGAAUGAGAAUGGACCUUAAGAAGUCAAGCUAUAAAACCUUUGAUGAACUAUACCUCUAUUGUUAUUAUGUUGCCGGGACGGUCGGUUUGAUGAGUGUUCCGGUCAUGGGCAUUGCACCUGAAUCACAGGCAACAACAGAGAGUGUCUAUAAUGCUGCCUUGGCAUUAGGGAUUGCUAACCAGCUCACCAACAUACUCCGGGACGUUGGAGAGGAUGCAAGAAGAGGAAGGGUUUAUCUACCACAAGAUGAGUUGGCACAAGCAGGGCUUUCUGAUGAAGACAUACUAGCUGGAAAGGUGACAGAGAAAUGGAGAAACUUCAUGAAGAACCAAAUUAAGAGAGCAAGGAUGUUCUUUGAUGCGGCAGAGAAAGGCGUGACAGAGCUGAGUGAGGCUAGUCGAUGGCCGGUAUGGGCAUCGUUGCUGUUGUAUCGUCAAAUACUGGACGAGAUUGAAGCCAAUGAUUAUAACAAUUUCACAAGGAGGGCAUAUGUGAGUAAAGUGAAGAAGAUAGCUGCAUUGCCUAUCUCAUAUGCAAAGUCACUUAUACGCCCCUCAAGAAAAUCUCUGUCUAAAGUAUAA